AUGGAGAGUGAAGAUGCUUGGCGGUGUCACUCCCUGCAGCUCCUUGAGCUUUUCAUUGACCUCAUCCAUGGUGACCUGGUUCGUAAAGACGCCGGCUGCUGCCGCGUCGCCGACGCCUUUGUUGCGGCGUACGAAGACGCCAUUCGUUGGCUCGUCACGAAGGAGCAAACUUUCACGUCGGGGCUGCGGGGCGCUAUCAACACGUACUGCGCGAGGCAUGUUCUUCGCACCGCGCCAGAGCUUCUCAUCACGUCCGAAACGGCGGCGAUGUCGUUCAAGCGGAUUGCGGACAUCUUGUGUGAGACGGAGGAACUUUCACACGUGGGAAAAGCUAUGGCGCAUGAAUUGUCGCAUUUGGCACGCCGCCUUGAAACCAAACGUUUUGCGAGACUACUGGACCUCAUGGGCGAUGCCGUCGUUGAAUACAUGCGGCAGGCGGUUCAACAGCAUGAGGUGGAAUGGGCAGUGUGCCUGACCCUGCGAGAGGAACCAGCUUUCUGGGCUUGUGUAAAGCAGUUUUCCACGGCGCCAACACGCAUGGAGGGGGAAACUGUCGCUGUGCAUAGAAAGCGGCCUCGUGAGGAAGUGGAGCUGGUGGACCACAACGCAGGCUCCAGGGAAGCACCGUUGCACGGCUUCUCAGAGGAGCUUCGCCUUGCAAUGAGUUCCCCUGUAAGGGUUUCCCCCGCAUCUGCAGUGGGCACGCGCUUUAUUGCAUGUGUCCAACCGAAGUCGUCUCCCCCCAAUGUCACGUGGACAGAAGAAGGUAAAAGGGGCAAAGAGUCUGUGAAGGCAACUGGGCGCGCGUUACUUCGGACAAACGAUUCGGUGUUGGCAACCGUGGAAGACAUGGAGAGGAAGGAGUCGCAAACGGCGCAGGAGGUCGACAGCAGCUUUAUCGUGGCGGAUGACUCGAAAGGUUCCAUUGUGCCUUCGCUGGCUGCCGUAUGCAAGGGAGUCACUGUCGCUGGUGACUUCAAUGAAUCCGAUGCCUCGCUGCUGCGUGGUGAGGUUUACGAGCGGCGCUACUUUCUCUGUGCGAAGACGAAUCGAUACGAGCCGGAGGGUGCACGAGGGUUUUUCACAUGA